AUGGCCCGCAUUGAUCAACAAUUGAUCAUACCAGUCAUUAACAAUGAAGACAAUACCAUUGCUCUGAUAAACCCCUCGAAGUCUAUUGACAUUCGCAUGAAGUUAAGACAAGUGGAUGCAAAUGGUGUGGCGAGUGAUGUUCAGUUCGCAUACAGUCUUGACGAUGAAGAUAAUGUCUUUACGGCUCUGUUUGAUGACAAUGAUAUUGACUUCGAGAUCCAGUUUGACAACAGAACCACUGAUAAGCGAAGAAUGGCUUUCACUAUGACUUAUGGCAAAGAUUAUAAAUUCAUUGCUUACAAAGGGUUGAGUAAACUGAGAGCACUGGGAGAUAGUGGCCAUCACUUGAGAUUCUUGAGUCCCAACAAAUCAAUGGCUAAUGAUUUUACACAUAACAAAGAGCCGGGUCUUCUGUGGUCGGACAAUGUGGAGGAGAUUGUCUCAUAUGUAUUGCUCAUAAGUGUGGUCAUAAUCAGUCAACUCUUGGCAUUUACCAUAAAGUCUCGUAUAGAGUACGUGCCGUACUUUCCCGCAUCCAAAACAAGCAACGAGUUUAGUUUCAAACGCAAACGCACCGGUAGUUCGGGCUCCUAUACCCACAAUAUGAAUGGCAACAAUUCCGAUCUCAUGAGGAAUGGCUUUAAAUAAAAGUAGACUUAAUUUUGACUACAAUUAUGG